AUGGAUAGCACGUUACAGAAAUUCUGGGAAAUUGAAAAUGAAGGAGUGCAAGAGAAAUCAGUCAUGUCAAUGAAAGAUAGAGAUAUUUAUGAGAGCACAGAGAAAACAGUGAAAUUUGAAGACAAUCACUAUGUUGUAGAAAUACCAUGGAAAGAGAACAGAAAUGAAUUGUUAAACAAUUAUGAAAUGGCAAAAAGACGCCUUGAAAGCACAGAAAAGAAACUAAGAAAAGAACCAGUAGUUGAAAAGAUGUAUAAUGAGACACUUCAAGGUUACCUUACAAAAGGCUAUAUAGAAAAGGUGGAAACGGAUGAAAAGGAAGAAAGUUUAAAAGAAAAUAACUGGCUGUUACCUCACUUUCCAGUUGUGAAAAUGAACAAAGAUACAACAAAGGUAAGAAUUGUCUUCGACGCGUCUGCUAGUUGUAAAGGAGCAAGUUUGAAUGACGUGAUAGAGCAGGGGCCCAGCUUACAAAACAAUUUGUUCGAUGUUCUGUUGCGAUUUAGAAGAGACAAGAUCGCAGUAGCAUGUGAUAUCCAAGAAAUGUAUCUUCGAGUCGGAAUCACACCUCCAGAUAGAAGAUUUCAUCGCUUUUUAUGGCGACCAUCUCCAGAACUAGAACCAGAUGUCUAUCAGUUUAACAGACUUGUUUUUGGGGUGAACGCAUCUCCAUUCCUGGCUCAGUUUGUGUCUCAAUAUAAUGCUAGACUGUAUGAAAAUGAGUACCCUUUGGCAGCAGAAACAGUGUUGAAAUCGACAUAUAUGGACGACAGCAUGGACUCGGUUGAUAAUGAUAAAGUUGCAAUUAGAUUGUAUAAAGAACUUACAGCCCUUUGGGAAAAGGCAGGAAUGAAUGCUCGAAAAUGGAUAUCAAACUCCAAAACGGUACUAGAACAGAUUCCAGUAGAACAUAGAGCAAAGACGGUAGAUUUACAAAAGAAUGAACUUCCCAAGGUGAAAACACUAGGGGUAACAUGGGUACCUGAAGAAGAUAUAUUUUCAUUCGAAUUCACAGCAGUUGAUGAAAACAAGGGCAUGACAAAGCGUGAAUAUCUCAAGAAAAUAUCGACAUUAUUUGAUCCGCUGGGAUUGUUAACUCCAUACACCAUUAUAGCUAAAAUGUUAAUGCAGGACAUUUGGAUAUCAGGUGUUGAUUGGGACGAAAAAGUACAUGAAAAAACCAGAAUAAAAAUUGGUGAUUGGUUUGAAGAACUAGCUUGUGUUCAUCAAAUUAAGGUUCCAAGAUGCAUUUCAAGUUAUGAAAGAACUGAAAAACUAACACUGCAUGCAUUUUCUGAUGCUUCACAAAGUGCAUAUGGGGCAGCUGUUUAUGCUAGAUGCCAACAUGAAAAAAGUGAAAUUUCAGUGAUUUUAGUAGCAUCAAAAAGUAGAGUGGCACCGAUAUCUGCUAUAAGCAUUCCAAGGCUAGAACUAAUGGCAGCUCAGUUGAGUGCACAACUUACAUCAAACAUUUGUGAAGCUCUUGAAAUAGACAUUAGUGAAUGUACAUUUUGGACUGAUAGUAUGGAUGUGGUAUUUUGGGUUCGGAAUCAGAGCCGUGUAUUCAAGACAUUUGUAGCCAACAGAGUUGGAGAAAUUCAGAAACGCACAACACCGAGUCAGUGGCGUCACAUACCAGGAAAACAGAAUCCAUCUGAUCUUCUUUCAAGAGGGCUGAACAUUACCAAACUCAUUGAAGAUAAAACAUGGUGGGAAGGACCAGAAUUCUUGAAAGAAAAUGAACCGGAAUGGCCUCAAACAUCAGUACCAGAAUCGAAAGAAAGACAAGAGAUGAAAAAGUCUGCAAAUGAAAAAAAUGAUGAAAAGACAUUUAAUGUAAAUGCCAAGGACAGUUUCACUAUGAAAGAUAUAGAAACUAGAAGUGCAAAACAACCAAAUGUUUGGCGAUUGGAUCCAACUAGAUACUCAAGUUGGAAAAGGUUGAAACGAGUCAAUGCAUGGGUUAUGAGAUUCAUCCAAAACUGCCUGUUAAAUAGUGAAGACAGGAAAGUAGGUGAACUGACAUUUGACGAAUUACAAGACAGUGAAAGACAAAUAACACAGGCAACACAGAAGAAACAGUUUCCAGAGUAUAGAGACAUUGUAAAUGGAAAGUUAUUGCAGAAAAACAGUAUUUUGUUGUCAUUGAAUCCAGUGUCAGACACAGAUGGUGUUAUCAGAAGCAGUUCAAGGUUAAAAUAUGCUGAUUUCAUGCCAUUUGAAAGUAGAAAUCCAAUCAUAUUACCAAGACAUUCAUGGACAACAAAACUGAUUGUAAGAGACAUUCAUGAAAAGAACGGGCAUAGUGGAACAAAUCUAACUUUGUCGGAACUGUCUACAAGGUAUUGGGUAAUACACGCAAGAGAAGUUAUUCGUGAAGUUGAAAACUUGUGUUCAGAAUGUAAGAGACGUAAGGCGAAACCUGCACAACAGAUAAUGGCUCCAUUACCCCAGAUAAGACUGAAUAUGCCAUUAAGAGCUUUUGCGCAUGUUGCUGUAGACUAUGGAGGACCAUUCUUGACAAAACAAGGAAGAGGAAAGAGUAGGCAAAAGCGGUAUUUGUGCCUAUUCACGUGUUUAGCAUCGAGAGCUGUACAUCUGGAAGUGGCAUAUGCGUUGGACACUAGUUCAUUUCUUAAUGCAUUUUAUAGGAUGGUCAGCAGAAGGGGCUUACCAGUCAAAGUGUUAAGUGACAAUGGUAAAAACUUUGUUGGUGCUGAAAAGGAGUUGAAACAACUAGUGAAGUUAUUUGAUGAUAAGGAAAUCAUAAAAAGAACAGCGGACAAAGGAAUAGACUGGCAGUUUAAUCCCCCAUUAGCACCACAUUGGGGUGGUGUCCAUGAAAUCAUGAUAAAGGCAGCAAAGAGAGCAAUAUUUGCUAUACUUCAUGGAGCAGAUGUAACAGAUGAAGAGUUAACUACAGCAUUUGUAGGAGCAGAAUCAUUAAUAAACUCAAGGCCGUUAACAUACCAGACAGCAAAUCCUGCAGAUGUUACACCCUUGACGCCGAAUCACUUCUUGUUUGGACAAGUCGGCGGGCAGUUUGCUCCGCAAUCAGUGGACAUUGUAGCCUAUCAUCCGUUAAAUAGGUGGAGACGUGUACAAGAACUUAUGAGACACUUCUGGCAAAGGUGGCUAAAAGAGUGGCUCCCCAGUCUUGCACCAAGGAGACGCUGGUUCCAAGGGAAACGAGACCUUGCAGUGGGGGACGUAGUGCUCGUGGUAGCUCCAGACACUCAGCGUGGACAGUGGCCGUUGGGACGUAUCGUUGAGGUUUACCCAGGAGUCGAUGGACAUGUUCGUUCAGCUAGAGUGUUCGUCAACGGAAAAGACAUGAAGAGACCAAUUGUGAAGCUUUGUCCUCUAGAGUGUGAUGUGUAA